ACUCCACCAGGGCCCACAGAAAAGGCGGGAAAAUCAGAGCGGAGCCCUAAAACUCAAAUCCCCAAUUGAAAGACACCGUAAUCUUCUUCUGCGAUGCAAGGGUAGAGAAUGGAGAGAAUACACGUCACCGUGCGAGCUCGGCCGCUCUCAGCCGACGACGCCAAAACCAGCCCUUGGCGUAUUUCCGGCAACUCCAUCUUCAUCCCCAACUCCUCCUCCAAGUUCGAAUUCGAUCGGGUUUUCGGUGAAGACGGUAAGACCAGCGAGGUCUAUCAGUCUCGGACCAAAGAUUUAGUCGCGGCUGCUGUUCGCGGUUUCAAUGGAACAGUGUUUGCUUAUGGCCAAACUAAUAGUGGAAAGACUUACACAAUUCGUGGUUCGGCUACCGAGCCUGGAGUGAUUCGACUUGCUGUGCGUGAUAUGUUCGACCUUAUUCAACAGGAUGUGGAUCGGGAGUUUCUUCUGCGGAUGUCUUAUAUGGAGAUCUACAAUGAGGAAAUAAAUGAUUUAUUGGCUCCCGAGCAUCGAAAAUUGCAGAUCCAUGAAAGUAUAGAGCGGGGAAUUUUUGUUGCUGGGUUGCGAGAAGAAAUUGUUGCCUCUCCUGAGCAAGUCCUUGCUCUCAUGGAGUUUGGAGAGUCCCAUCGGCAUAUCGGAGAGACGAACAUGAAUGUGUACAGUAGUAGGUCCCACACUAUUUUCCGCAUGAUAAUUGAAAGUCGAGAUAAAACUGAAGAUGAAGACAUUGGUAAUUCGUGUGAUGCUGUUCGUGUUUCAGUUUUGAAUUUGGUGGACCUUGCUGGUUCAGAACGUGCUGCAAAAACAGGUGCAGAAGGUGUCCGACUCAAAGAGGGCUCUCAUAUCAAUAAAAGCCUUAUGACACUGGGAACUGUCAUUAAAAAAUUAAGUGAAGGUGCUGAGAGUCAAGGGGGACAUGUACCAUACAGAGAUAGCAAACUUACACGUAUUUUGCAGCCUGCUUUGGGUGGAAAUGCAAAUACAGCUAUAAUAUGCAAUAUCACCCUUGCACAGAUUCAUACAGACGAGACUAAAAGCAGUCUCCAAUUUGCAAGUAGAGCAUUACGUGUCACAAACUGUGCUCAUGUCAAUGAGAUUUUGACUGAUGCGGCUCUUCUAAAGCGUCAAAAGAAGGAAAUUGAGGAGCUUCGAGCAAAAUUGCAGGAUUCUCAUUCAGAACAUUGGACAGAGGAAAUCCUCAAUUUGCGGAACACAUUGUUGCAGACUGAGUUAGAAAGGGAGCGUAUAGCCUUGGAGUUGGAGGAGGAAAAGAAAGCCCAAGCUGAAAGAGAGAAGAUGGUCCAACAACAAGCUAAGAAAAUUGAAAAUUUGAGUUCAAUGGUUUUGUAUUCAAAUAGGGAUGAGAAUCGUGAUCGCUUCAAGAAGCAGAAGAGGCGGGAUACUUGGUGUCCAGGUAAUCUUGCCAAGGAGGCCCUUGGAGAGGUGCUAUCCACCAUUAUAUCAAAGGCAUCUGCUGUAAAACCAAUGAGACCCAAGCGUGACAUGCAACUACUUCCUUUUGAAGAACUGGUGGAUGAGACUGAUGUUGCUCAGAACGAAUCUUGCAAAGAUGAAGAAUAUAAAAAUAGCACAGUGGAGGACUGUACUCUUCCUGAUCCAUGUGCUUUAUUACAUGUUACUAGCAGAAGAAAAGUGCCACCCAGGACUAAAAGCUUAUCGCAGGACAAUGAAUUGUUACAUUUGCAAGGAGAAUAUGAAGAUUUGCUUAUAGAAUUUGAAAGUCAGAGAACGUGUAGUGAGAUACAAAUUGAUUGCUUGACAAGGAAGCUUGCUGAGGCUGAUAUGUUUUCUGUUGAAAUGUGCAAUGACUACUCCACAUCUUGUGCCUAUAAGGGUAAAAUUGAUGGGGAUAAGAAUGUUAGCUUAAGAGAGUCAGAAGCUAUUCUUGUGAUUAAGCGACUUCAAGAACAGAUUAAGAGGUUAGAAAUGGAGAUGUCUUCAAGCCAGCAAAAUCUGGAUUCUGUUGUUGAGCUGGCAAAAGAGCAAAACAUAUGUGCUAUGGAGAAGUAUGGUGAGCUCCAUGAGGAACUUCUGAUCGCACAAGAGGAGUCCAGGGUUGCCCGUGGACAACAUACUUGCAACGAGUCUGUAACGCAGGAAGAUUACAAAAAGAUGGAAGUUUACGCUGUUGAAAAGGACGCACAGAUUAUUUCUCUAGAAAAAGAAUUAGAAGCUUUAUCCAGGGAAAAGGAAGGUGCUCUAUCUAGUAAUGACGGUUUACAUUCUGAAAUAAAAUCCCCGUCUGAAAUGUUGAACACCUCACACUCUGAAGUCAACAAAUUGCAACAAGAGCUUUUGGCCCUGAGGAAUAGGUUGGAAGAAUCUAAACUCGAGCAGCGAAAGAUGGAAAACUCCAUUAAAAUGUUGGCUGAAGAAAAGGAAGAGUUGGCACUGAAACUUACAGAUUCCCUUUUGGAAAUGGAGGAGGAAAGGGUAGUAUGGUCUUCGAAGGAGAAGGCUUCAAUUGAAGCCAUAGAAGAUAAAGCAAAGUUAUACAAGAGGGAGAUUGCAUCAUUCUCAAAGGAAAUGUUAGGGGUGAGGAAUGAAUUGGAGUCUUGUAGACAAGAAUGCAAGGGACUUAGGGAAAGAUUAACUUCUUACGAGGAAACGACAGGACAGAAGACAUGCAGCCUGGAGAAGUCUUUGGAUGUUGAUCAACUACAUAAUCACCAAGAUAUAUCUGAUUCUCCAAGAAAACUGUCUCAAGAACUGUUGAACUCAAAUCUGGAGAUAUGUAAAAUUGAUGAUUUCAAGGAGGUGAAUUUGCUUCAGAAGGAGCUGAGUUUUCUUAAAACAGAAAGAGAAGAUCUGUUACUUCAAAUGCGAGAGUUAUCAAAACUUCCUAAUGACUUAGAGAAUCUCAACAAUCAGCUCCUUGUGAAAAAAGAAAAGGAUAGAUUAGUUACUCAGAUUCAAGAGCAGCAGAAACAUGUAACAGAAGAACAAAUUCGCCAUAAACGUAACAAUGACUUGUUGGUGGAGGAGCUGACAAGAAGAAUUUCAAGCAUGGAAGUCAAGAUGUACAAUGAUCAAGUCGAAAACAGCAAGGAAAAGGCAAAGCUUCGAAUGAGGCUUCGAGGGACUCAAGCAAAAUCAGAUGCCUUUUGCUAUAGAUACAAGGAAGCAGAAGCCGAGAUCAAUCUUAUGGACAGAAAAUACAAGGAGGCUACAGACGACCUAAAGGAUCGCUUAGCGUUAAAAGGAGUUGAGGUCCUCAACCUCAAGAAAGAGCUUGCUGCAAAGGGUUAAUGAACAAAAAUUUCUCGAUAAAUGUGUUACAGAUUGCAAAUUAUUAUAGUUGAUUGCUGCAUUAGGAUUUGUAGUGAUUUAGUAGUACGGAUAAUGAUUAUCAAAGUAUCUUUUAAAACAACGAAGUCAGUGUGUCUUGCAGAGUUAUCAACGAGUGCUUUUGUUACCACCCCAGCGUCUCACUCGUCUAUUUUUCCAGCCAGAAGAUGACAUUUGAAAUGAAAAGUGAUUACCUAACAUAUCCUUC